AUGCGUUUCUCGUUAAUGUGGCCCAAACGACAAUGCCAAAGGACGCACUUCCAUGUCCGCGUGGAGCCUUUGGAGCUCCGCAGUCAUACUGGCCAUAAUGAUACACUUUACAUCUCGCGCGUCGUCCUCAUACUUCUUGAAGGAAGUGAGUUCGGACGCACGAGCAUUAGCAUCAGGGGUUUUGGGAGGAUCUGUUUCGAUGAUGUAGAGUUUCCUCUCAUAGUUAAGAACGAUUCGGAGAUUCAUCUCCCAGUCAAGAAAGUUGGUCCCGGAUAACUUGUUGUUUUCCAAGAUGUAACGCAGGGCGUUACUCCACAAGACAACUAUUUAGGUAGGAACAUAGUUCCAACUGAUGAGCCGGGCUCUCAGCUCUUGGUCUGGUGUUGGGCGAACAAUAUUACUACAAUCGGACCAGGACACCUUUUCACCAUACUCGUAAUUGGCUGAGGCACGUCUUACAAGCAGACUACUUUGGUUAGGAACAGAGUUCCAAUUAAAUCA